GUAUAUAUAGCCGGGGAAGAUGAGGGGAAGGCCCCUGGCAGCCAAAAUGAAGUCUCUACUGUCUGUGUGCUGCCUGCUGUCUCUGCUGGCCCUGUCUGCUGCAGAUCUCCUGGCAGAGUCCUCCGUCCAUGAUGAGGAGCCUCUGGUUCGUCUGCAGCUCCAGCCAGAGGGAGACCUCUUCUCCUGUAGAUGUGACACAACAGAGGAGCAUGCCAGCCAGAGCUCCUCCAACGACACGCCGGCCCCAGAGAGGGCCAUGUGCCAGCCCUGCAGCAAACCCCCCUCAGCUUUAGAGACUGAAGAAGAGCCAUCUCCCACCUCAGAGCACGAGGAAGAGGAGGAGGAUGCUUACACUGAGGAGAUAACAAAUAAUGGAGAAGAAGCAAUGGAGGAGGCAGCUUCCCAGGAAGAGGUUGAGGAAGAGGCGGAGGAGGCUGCUGCAGAGUCUGUAGGGGAGGCUGAGUCGGUGGAGGAUCAAAGUGAGGAGGAGGAGGAGGAGGAGGAGGAGGAGGAGGAAGAGGAGGAGGAAGAAGCUGAGGAGGUUUCAUCAUCUGAAGAGGAGGAAGAGGAGGCAGUUGAGGUUGAGGAAGAGGCGGAGGAGUUAUCCCACGAGGAAGAGGAAGUGACAAAACCUCAGGAAGAAGUCGCAGAAGAGGAAGAACCUGCUCCUGAAGCUGAAGAAACAGUUGAGGAACAAAAAGAUGAAGACACGCAGGAGGAACUACAGGCUGAGGAGGAAACUGUGGACACUUUCAUGCAUGAGGCUGAGGAGGAGGAAGCUACCAUUGCUGAAGAGGAGACUGCAGUGGCUGAAUCUGAACCAGAAGCAGAACCAGCUGAACUUCCUCGAAUCUCUGAACCUGAGGAAACAGAGCCAGAAGUGACAGCAGAACCUGAGGCCGAACCAGAGGUGAAUUCAGAGCCCGAAGCAGAACCAGAGAUCAAAGUCGUUGCAGAACCAGAGAUCGAAGUCGUUGCAGAACCAGAGAUCGAAGUCGUUGCAGAACCAGAGAUCGAAGUCGUUACAGAACCAGAGAUCGAAGUCGUUACAGAACCAGAGAUCGAAGUCGUUGCAGAACCAGAGGUGAUUCCUGAACCAGAGCCGGAGGUGGUUCCUGAACCUGAACCAGAGCUGGAGGUGGUUGAAGAACCAGAGCCUGAAGUUGUUGCAGAACCAGAGGUAAUUCCUGAACCUGAAUCAGAGCCGGAGGUGGUUGUAGAACCAGAGCCUGAAGUUGUUGCAGAACCAGAGGUGAUUCCUGAAGUGGAGCCAGAGCAUGUUGUGGAGGAGGUUACAGCAGAACCUGUAGAGGAUGUGACCGUGGAAGAGGAACCAGAAAUCACAGUGGUGGAGGCUCCUGUGGUGGAAGAGGCAGCUGUCGAGGAAGCGACGGUGGAGGAGGUGACUGUGGAGGAGCCCACACAGUCUCAAAGCAAAGAUCGUAAGGAAGAUGUGCCAGCAGGCCCAGCACUGAGAGACCGCUCCCACAUUGAGGACACGCUGCGAUUGGCUUCUGCUGAGCGCUUAGAAGAGUUCUCAGCUGCUAUGAAGAAGCUGUUGGACAUCUACCACAAUGCCAUCAGGCCAGUGGAGCAAGCCUUUAAGUACAAUGAGCUCAGGCAGCAUGAAGUCACGGAUGGUGAGAUCACCUCUAAGCCCAUGGUUUUGUUCCUGGGACCAUGGAGCGUUGGCAAGUCGUCCAUGAUCAACUACCUGCUGGGUCUGCACGGCACCUCACAGGGACUAUACACAGGUGCUGAACCCACCACCUCAGAGUACACAGUCAUAAUGCACGGUGAGAAGUAUCGGUCCAUAGAAGGCAUUGUUAUGGCAGCGGACAGCUCUCGGUCCUUCUCCCCUCUGGAGAAGUUCGGCCAAGGUUUCCUGGAGAGGCUGGUGGGCAUUGAGAUGCCCCACAAGCUGCUGGAGAGGGUCACCUUCGUCGACACCCCCGGCAUCAUUGAAAACCGCAAGCAGCAGGAGAGAGGUUAUCCCUACAAUGAAGUGUGCCAGUGGUUCAUUGAUCGAGCUGAUCUGAUCUUCCUGGUGUUCGACCCCACCAAGCUGGAUGUAGGUGGGGAGCUGGAGAUGCUCUUCAAGCAGAUGAAGGGCCGCGAGUCCCAAAUUCGCCUCAUCCUCAAUAAGGCCGAUAGUCUUUCCAACCAGGACCUGAUGAGGGUCUACGGAGCUCUUUUCUGGAGCAUGGCGCCCCUGAUCAACGCCACAGAGCCUCCUCGGGUGUAUGUCAGCUCCUUCUGGCCUCAGGACUACGCUGUGGACACCAGCCGACAGCUCUUCAUGAAAGAGGAGAUCUCUCUGCUGGAGGACCUCAACCAGGUGAUUGAGAAUCAGAUAGAGAACAAAAUUGCAUUCAUCCGUCAGCAUGGCAUCCGCGUGCGCAUCCACGCCCUGCUUGUGGACCGCUACCUCCAGACCUACUAUGACAAGCUGGGCUGGUUUAGCGACCCCUACGAGGUGUUCCAAGAUAUUGUCAAUGACCCAGACAAGUACUAUAUCUUCAAAUCCAUUCUGGCCAAAACCAAUGUUAGCAAGUUUGACCUGCCCAACAAGGAGGCCUAUCAGGAUUUCUUCGGCGUGAACCCAGUUUCCAACUUUAAGCAGCUCUCAUACCACUGCAGCUGGACCGGAGGGUGUCUGCUAGAGAAGAUAGAAAAGGCCAUCUCGCAUGACCUCCCGACUCUGCUCAGCAGUGUCAGCAGGGCUUCAGACAAGCCUGCCCCGGCGAAGGCCGCACCUUCACCUCCGCCACCACUCCCUGGCACCUGUGAAGGCCCCGAGUGUGAGGAGAAACCCAAGAAUCGCUGGAGGAGGCAGUGAGAUGGAGAAGAGGGGAACAGAGGAGACAGAUGGCAGCAGCAGCAGGAUCAGCCAGAGGGUUUCUUGAAAUAAUACCCACUGCUGUGAGGUCGGGAGCCCAAGCAGAGAGAAAGAGAACAAGAGUAGAAAAUGUACCGAGCAGAGAUGCGUCAUGCAAAUACUUCUUAGUGCUUGUUUUUACCUGCAUGUACCAAACGGAUGGCUUUUACUACAUUGAGACAGUUCAGAUAAGUUGUAAAUGACAGAAAAGUAUACUCAAAUGAAAGUCUUCUACGAUUGCAUAACAACUCUCCGGUACACAUUGUCCUAUAUGACACCCUUCUGGUGUUUAGGUAGGUCAAUGCACAACAAUACAAGUGAGUAUUUCAAAAUACAGUUUAGCUGAAAACAUGAUGAAUGUCUGCAGAAGAACAAACCCCCGAAAAACGAUAACAGAAAUAAAUCAGAAUGGUUAAUUUCCUCUAUAACUCUUCAUGAUAAUGAAAAUCUGAAAAUGAUUGUUUUCUUGUUUCUCUCUGUUUUCAAGACUGUACAUUAUUUAUUCUUCACAGAAAGACACUGGUAGUGACUGUACUCUUUCAGUGAUACAGUAAUUGCUUCCAUUCUUUUGUCUUCUGUGUUUUCUGCUGUGUUUUUACAAUUAAACCAAGUGCAGGUUGUUAUCAUGUCAGGGCACAUAUUUUCAAUGGGACAAUAAAAUAGAAAGAUGGA